GUUAAAAGACAGCUUACUGCUACGUGUUGUCGGGGCACUGCACACAGAUUUCAAAAGAUCAUGCUUAGCAGCAAUGAUUCUGAGUGUAUUUCAGGAUCCGAAAAAGCCUCAACCAUGAACUCAUUUGAUUUUUACGUCUAUGUAGACCAUCACUGUCGACAGACGGCAGCGAAGGAGAGCAAAGAUUUGGAACAAUUUGCUGAGUGUCUCUCGACAUCGCGAACGAAACAAGACGAUAAUUUUCUCAAGAAUUUAUCAACUAAAGCUGAGUCUUAUAUUUUUGAACAAAUGCAACAAAAUGUGUUUCAAGAACUCUGGCAGGAAGCUAGUAAAGCU